GCGCCCGGCGUCGGCUCUUCCUUUCAGCACCCCGGACAGCUCCGUCCCAUAGAGUUCCAUGAUGGAGAGAGCGCAGGUCUUCUGGAGAUACCGCACCCUACUCUCCCUUAUUCUCUGCUCCCUCAUCCUCUUCAAGGUCCAUUCAGAGGCUGCUCCUUCCCAGCAGCAUGCUGACACAGCCUCUCUCUCUAAAAUCUCCCCCAGGGGUAGCCACUGGGCUGUAGGGCACUUAAUGGGCAAAAAAAGUAUAGAAGAAUAUCCUUAUCUGUAUGACGGCGUUGAGAGGGCUUCGGCAACGGGGUACAUGGAAGGGGACAAGCCAAUGAAUGGAGCUCAGUGGAAAGAAGCUCUUAUUACCUUACUGAGAAUGAUAGAGUCAAGUGACAACAGAAAUUCCCAGCCAAUGAGAGAUUUUAACCUUUACAACAGGAAGAGCUAUGAUUCUGAGGACAACGUUAACUACAAAGAGAUGCUGGAUUACCUGUACCAAAUGAUGAAGGACAAUGCACAAAGCUGAGACCCUGGAUGGAUGGCACAGUUUGUAUCAUGGAUGAGCUUCUAUUCCACAAGCAUUUGAUUGCCCCGGAUAACUGAGAUUUUAUUUAUGUAAACAAUAUUUUCUGUAAAUUAUGUACGUUCCUUGUUACAAUCUUUCCAACCUCCAUAGUUCCCCAAGUACGGACUUACUGGCCUGUUCUGUAAAUAAUGGUCGAGGAGGGUCUUCCAACUACAUAAUUAUAUUUUAGCACCUCUCUGGCAGUUUCAUUCCUUUUAGUUUGUAGACACAAUAUAUUUUGACAUUCACAAUAAAAAUACAAAUAAAAA